AUGGCAGAAGAUGAAGAGUUGAUCAGGUACACUGACACAUUCAAGAAGUUGUACACCUCCAGGUGGUCUGAGUUGGUGUCUCACAGUGCCCUGAACACACUGAGCGAUGCAAAAUACAACAAACCAUCAACAUUGCCCUUCACUGAAGAUGUUCAGAUCCUUCAUCAGUACCUUGAGAAAUCUGCAGAAAGUGCCUUCUGCAGCUUGAAGGAAGAGGCCACCACUCAGAACUAUGCUCAACUUGCAAAACUCACACUUGCACAAAUCAUUGUGUUCAAUCGAAGACGUGCUGGGGAAGUUUCAAAAAUGCGCCUCAAAAGUUUUCAUGAAAGGGACAACACAAAGCUCCAUGAAGAUGUUGCCAUGGGGUUGUCUAAGACUGAACAGAAGCUCUGCAACUAUUUCAGCCGAAUUGAAAUCCUGGGGAAAAGGGGCAGAAAGGUUGCAGUUCUGCUCACACCAAGGGUGGUGGAUGCUUUGUCACUACUUGCCAUGUGGAGCAAAGCACCGGAGUACCUCAGGUCAACACAACUCAGGAAACAUGUUGCCACACUCUCACAAGUCCUUAAUUUAAAAAACAAUGAACUUGAUCAGGUUGCAGAUUUCCUGGGUCACGACAUCCGUGUUCACCGCGACUUCUACAGAUUACCAGUUCCCACAACACAACUGGCUAAGAUUUCCAAACUGCUUUUGUCAAUGGAGAAAGGACACCUUUCCAGCAUGCAGGGGAAGUCACUGGAUGAUAUUGAAAUUGAAGAUGAGAUUGCGUUAAGUGACGCUGAAGAUAGUGGGAGCGAUUCUGAUAACGGCAACACAGAAGUCACAGCAUCAGAGUUUGGAACUGUGGAGCCUGUGGAUUUUGACUCUACAACCACAGAGCAAGACCAUGACAUUGGAGGCUUUGGAUCAGUGUCCUUUGUGUCGUCCACAGUAAAUGAGAGUGUACCUCCCUCUGAAGGGAAUUAUGCUGAUAAAGAACAUGGAUCCAGAAGAGUGGCAAAGAAAGUGUGGUCUAAGGCUGAGGUCGCUGCAGUAAUGCGACACUUCAAAGAUCAUAUAAGCAGGGGGAAACUGGCCACCAAAACUGAAUGCAGUCACUGCAAACUGGUGGAAGAUCCCGUGUUGGCACAAAGAACAGUGCAAAAUAUAAGGGACUUUGUUAGAAAUAGAGGAAUAACUGCAAAGAGGCAGUCACAAAAGAAAAGAUUUAAAAACACUGACAGUUGUG